UACUUAUUUAAAAAAAAAAAAAAAAAAGAAACUUAUGCAGGGAAGGAUAUUAGUUGCUCUGGGUCACACAAGAAGGAGAUGCUUUGAUGGAGGAGGUGAGACUUGAGCUGGGCCUUGAAGAGCAGUUAGAAUUUGGACAGAAGAGGAGGGAGAAGAGACAGAACUACAAAGAAGCUCAGUGAGACCGAGGGGCAGUGGGCAGCCUGACCUGACUGGAGCCAACAAUCCAUUUUAGGGGAGCAGUAAGGGGAGGCUGGAAAGCCCUAGAGGUCUUGAGGAGGGCCUUGAAUGCCAGGACAAAGAGUUUGGGUCUGAUGGGCUGAGCCACAUCUUUCCUUCCUUUUCCUCCAGUGCAGGGGCCAGAGUCAGGGCAGGUCUGCCUCCCUGAAACCUGAGCUGCCUCCCGACCUCAGCCCUCCAGAUCUGUUUGGGAUGUGUUCCUGCCUUUUGUUAUCUCCCUCUCCUCCUUCCCCUUGCAUCUGGGGUCCAGAGUGUCAUGCUGGAAGUGAAUAGGGACUUCCACACCCCCAAGCCCUGCUCCCCCCAUCUGGAGAGGCGACCACCGGGCAGGGGGCAGAUGAGUGAUUUCCUUUUUCUCGUCCCUUCCUCUUUUUGUUUUUUCCUUCCAGUUAUUUUUGUAGAAAAAAAGCUUUCUGUAUUUCCCUCUCAGGCCGAGAGGAAGCAAUGGCUCCUGACUUGUAUUGAUAGAUUUUUUUAAUCACCAGCUGUUUCUAAGAGGGAGGAGGAGGAGGAGGAGGAGGGAAGAGGGGAAGGAGGCGGAAGACAAAUAAAGCUGAAGAAAUCCCAGCCAGAUGUUCCAGCUGUGACUUCUCCACUCCCUGGAGAGACCAUCCGAAGACUCCAAAUUCAAAGAGAAGAGCAGAAAUGAGAAUUGGUCCCUGCCCAGUUCAGACAAGCAGAGGGUGGAGACCAGAAGACGGGAACAUCAUCCGCCCCCUCCUCCUGCCUGCCCUGGCCUUUUUCUUCCUGCCGUUGGGCAGCACCUUGCAGCCAACUCCAUUACCCUUUCCAGAGGUGAGGCUGGUGGGGGGACCUAGCCGCUGCCAGGGCCGGCUGGAGAUCCUGUACAAUGGUUCCUGGGGGACCGUGUGCGAUGAUGACUGGGACGUGGUAGAUGCCAAUGUAGUCUGCCGCCAGCUGGGCUGCGGGUAUGCCCUGCCUGUGCCCUUGCCCCUUGCCUUUGGCCAGGGCCGGGGCCCCAUCCAACUGGACAACGUGGACUGCAAGGGACAGGAGGCGGCCCUGAGUGAGUGUGGCAGCCACGGCUGGGGCGUCCACAACUGCUACCACUACGAAGACGUGGCCGUCAUGUGCGACGAGCUCUUACCGACGCUGGCCAAGAAAAUGUUAACGAGCAGAGCCCCCACCACCAUGACCCCGAAGAACGGCAUAGGUGAUGGCAGCAUCCGCCUGGUGAGAGGCGCCGACCCCUGCCAAGGCCGGGUGGAGAUCCUGCACGAUGGCACAUGGGGCACCGUGUGCGACGAUGACUGGGGGCUCCCCGAUGCCAUGGUGGUCUGCCGCCAACUGGACUGCGGCAGUGCUGUGGCUUCCAAGACCAACGCCUACUUUGGCUACGGCACGGGUCACAUCUUGCUGGACAAUGUCCACUGUGACGGCCGAGAGUUGCACCUGGCAGCGUGUCCCAGCCUGGGAUGGGGCAUUCACAACUGUGGGCACCACGAGGAUGCCGGGGUCAUCUGUUCAGGACGCUCUGCUCCCACCGUUACGUCCUCCCCGACCCUGCUCACCCGGGAUGGCAAGGUCUGGCUCACUGAGCCGGCUACAGUCACGGAAGUCGCCGCCGAGCCCACCUGGGAGGCAACCGUCCUCACCAUGGCGUCGGGAAAGAAAACUGGCCGCCUGCGCCUGGUGAGUGGGGACGGCCCCUGCCAGGGCCGCGUGGAGGUCCUGCACCAGAGUCGCUGGGGCACCGUGUGCGACGACGACUGGGACUUCGCCGAUGCUCAGGUGGCGUGCCGGGAGGCGGGCUGCGGGCGGGCCGUGGGGGCCACCGUCCUGGCCUACUUCGGCUACGGGAAGGGCCCCGUCCUGCUGGACAACGUGGACUGCACCGGCGUGGAGACCCGCCUGGCCGACUGCUUCCACCUGGGCUGGGGCCAGCACAACUGCGGACACCACGAGGACGCCGGUGCCAUCUGCAGGGAGCCAGGCGUAGAGGAGGCAGCGCAACAAAUGUGGCAAGAUGUCCCUGAGACUACGACAAAGGCGGUCGCCAGCGUGCCUCCCAGGGACGGCCACCUCCGCCUGGCCAACGGCAGCCACCGCUGCGAGGGCCGGGUGGAGCUGUACCUCCUUCGCCAGUGGGGCACCGUGUGCGACGACGCGUGGGACCUGCGCGCCGCGGGCGUGGUGUGCCGCCAGCUGGGCUGCGGGGAGGCCCUGGAGGCCCCGGGGGAGGCCCGCUUCGGCCCGGGCCAGGGGCUCAUCCUCCUGGACAACGUCAAGUGUCGGGGCGGCGAGGCGUCCCUGCUCCGUUGCUCUCACAUCCGCUGGAACGCGCACAACUGUGACCACGCGGAGGAUGCCGGGGCCCAGUGCCGGCCGCGGUGAUCCCGCUCGCCCCGCCCUCUGGUCUCCGCCCAGCAGCUCCCCACAACCUCGGGUGCCGGAGCAAGGUCCCCCCGCCUUCCAGCACCUCUCAGUGGGGUCCCUCACUGACACGGGUGCCUCCUGUGGAGCCGGGAAUGGGGACCACACAUAUCCAGACAGUGCCAUCCAAGAAAAAGACCCCCACGUCGGAGUUGUCAUCCCUUCUCAGACUCGUUUCACAGCCCCGGGCCUCAGUUUCUCCCACCUGUAUAAUGGGAGAAGAAGUGUCCCCACCUUUCUCUAAAUUAUUGAGAGAUCCUGGUGGGGAUACAGUGAACUCGAAGCCAAGAUGCCUCCAGAAAUGAGAGGGGUACCUUGCACCCCCUACCUGGGAUCCCUAAGGCAGGUGACUCGGCCAGAUCUCCUCCCCAGGUCUCAAAGCCAAAGAUCAUCAGGGAUUCUGGCCAGAUGAAAGGACUGGGGAGGAGUGAGUUCCACAGGGGGGCCUUAUAGCCACUUGGACACCCUUAGGUGCAUCUUGGGGAGAGACCCUCCCCUUCCCGGGAUUUCCCACCUCAGGACUUUGCUUAUCUCUCUCUGAAAAGGGCCAGGCCCCACACGCCCUCCCACCUGCCCUCCUGUCUGUCUUUCCCCUCCCCCUCCCCCCAACAAGGGCCCUCACACAUGGUGCUUGGAGCAUGGCGCACGUGGGUCACGGCGCCUUCAUUGUGGGACAAGGGAAUCAGAGGCCACGGUCAGGGCCGGGAGCGCUUCCAUCUCUGCCGCAAAGAUUCCCCUCAGCCCGUAGAGGGGUGGCAGAUCCUCUGAGCCCUAAGAGGAAGGGGGCUGGGGAGCAGGGAGGCGCUACCUCCCCCCUGGGGACCCUUCCCUCCCACGGGGCCCAGCACCCACUCCCCACGUGGUAAGUCAGUAGUCCCGAGGCCCGCAGCCUCUUCGCCAGGAGGGAAUCGUGUAGCCACCAAGUUAUAGUUGUCAAGCAAAUAAAGGACUUUGUUCUUUUAA